AACGCCACGCAGUCUUCCCGCGCGGGUCGCACGUGCGUGUCUGGUGUGUAGUCAUACAAAUCUUGUCAUAGAAUCUUUCCCGCUGUUUUGACAUAUUAAAUAUUAACUAAUAAACGCCAAAUUACAUGUUGUGACCUUUAUGUGAUUAACGAACGUACUAAGUGUGCCCAACAAUUGCUGUGCUUAAUUCAAUUAAAACUGUAAUUACUUAAAUUUUUCCUUCCUCGAUUUUUAUUAAAUCUUAAUGAAGCCGGACUACUUAAUUAAUUGGAUUUCUAAACGCUCCUUGUGAUUAAACGGACUGAAAAUCACGAUUCUACGGCUAAACUUAGUUCUAUUCCCCAAAACAAUCGUAACGCGAAGCCAGGACAUUAUACCAUGAGCGAUCAGACAUUUCAUACACCUUCCUUUGGCGACGAAGAAUUUGAUAUUCCUCUUAUCCAUGGACAACAUCCAACAAGCGGAAACGGACAAAAUUCUCAUAUGCAGUAUCCACAAAUGCACCAUUCGGCACCUCAGGUUGGUAUGAUAAAUCCUGCUCAAGAUGGCUUAGCACCGCCGGGCGGCGCGCCGUCAUAUCAACAACCCCUGUAUUUACAAGAACCUCAUCCGCCAGUUACAACUCACAGUGCUGCUUGUGCUCCUGCUGGAAAUUAUAUAAUCCAACAACAACCAGGAGGGCAACAACUAUUGAUGCUACAGCCAACACAAGUAAUGAGUGGACCACCAACCCCAAGCACUCCCAACCAACCUGGUCCGGUGUAUGGAUCACCACAGAGAGCAUCACCCCCAGGCACUACUAGUGAUGAUUCAGAUGAUAGUGUUCCCUCACAACAUUCUCAGUUGCCUGGUGAUGCGGAAAGCCUUCUGCCUAUCCAUUAUUGCUCAGCGAGCCGGCAGCAACAAACUGCGCUUCAUCAGAUGAAUUUGAACAUGGGAGUAAAAAGGUCCUCUCCUGAACCAAUUGAAAAUGGCAUAAGUCGUGGUCAAAUGCAAAAGAAACCCAAAGUGCAGAAGAAAAAGAAGAAAAGGGACCCCAAUGAGCCCCAAAAACCUGUCUCAGCAUAUGCCCUAUUUUUUCGUGACACACAGGCUGCUAUUAAAGGGCAAAAUCCAAAUGCAAGUUUUGGUGAAGUUUCAAAAAUUGUUGCGUCAAUGUGGGAUGCUUUAGAUUCUGAACACAAAAGUGUCUACAAACAAAAAACAGAAGUUGCUAAGAAGGAGUAUCUCAAAGCUCUCGCAGCCUACAGAGCAAGCUUGGUUUCAAAGGGAUCAGAGCAAGAAAAUCAAGUGAUAUAUAAUCAUAAUAAUGGAAAUGCGAAUUACGGAAAUUAUUACCAGGGUCAACCAUAUGGUAAUGGUCAUUCACCCCAGGGAUUUGUGCCAAAUAGCACUCCACAAGGAUAUUCGCCACAAAAUUAUCCAGGUGGCCAAUCUCAAAAUUCUUACAGUGGCCAGACCCAACAGGCUUAUCCUACAAACCCACAACAGUCACCUCAAACCUAUCAAGGAAACAUGGGACACCCAACUCAGUCAUACCAGGUUGUACCAAGUCAAUCACCACAAGGCUAUCAAGUGAACCCAGCUACUUCUCCACAAAAUUGUCAACCAAACCUAGCACAGUCACCUAGAAGCUACCAACAGACACAAUCACCUCCAAACUAUCCAGCAAAUGCUGGCUUAUCACCAUCUAAUUAUCGGCAAGUGCAGUCACAGUCACCACCCAUGGCAAGUGUGCAUGCAGCCAUGCAGUAUCACCAUGGUCAACAGAUGCAGCAAGUACCCCAAUAUCAACAACAGCCACAGAACCACCAACAAUCGCAACAACAAAAUCAAAACCAACAACUUCAUCAACAGCAAACUCAUCAGCAGCAGACACCACAGCAAAUUCAUCAACAGCAAACACCACAGCAAAUUCAUCAACAGCAAACACCGCAGCAAAUUCAUCAACAGCAAACAUCACAGCAAAUUCAUCAACAGCAAACAGCACAGCAAAUUCAUCAACAGCAAACACCACAGCAAAUUCAUCAGCAGCAGCAACAAUCACAACAAAUGCACCAACAAACACAACAAAUUCAUCAACAAGUUCACCAGCCACAGCAAGCACAACUGCAUCAGUCACAGUCCCAGCCCCAGCAAACACAAAACCAAUCAAUUAAAACUGAACAUAACUCAAAUGAGGAUGGUUCUUCUGGAAUGCCACAGAACUCUUCAGAGCAAAAUGAAACAAGAACUCCAACAUCAUGUGUCCGUCAAGGUUGCACCAAUCCUGCUAUAGCUAAUAGUGAAUGGGAAGAUGAAUAUUGUUCAAAUGAAUGUGUUGUCAGUCACUGCAGGGAUGUCUUCAGUUCCUGGGUUGCAUCUAAUGCUAACAAUCAAAUGCAAAGCUUUUCUGCUGUAAAAUAAAAAGCAUAUCAUUCCAAGAACAUUGUUAUCCUGACUUUGUAAUGAGAAACGUUAAUAAAUUUGUAUUCAUACAAUUGAAUCAUAAUUUAUUAUGGUGUGUAUUUUUAUUUUGGAUAAUUAUACCUCAAAGCUAUCAGUAUUGUUUUGUAUAAAGUAGUUAUCACAAUCAAAUUAAUGAUGUCAUAUUUUAUAUUUUUCAUUACAUUUUAGAAAUAUCUAGAGUAGAAAAUGUUGUAACAUGAAAUCUUCUUAGAACAAGAAUGUUGUUAGUAUUGUUUUUUUUUUUCCUUCAAAAAAUUAUUGAAGAAAUCUAUCAAAAAGAAUGUGAUUAAAAAUUUCAAAAUUGUUUUCCUUAUAGGACUGCAGUGUAAAUAAAUAAUCAAUAGUCACAUUGUUUAUUUAAGAGAAUAUUAUGGUUCUCUGUGUCUUACAAAAAAUGCAAUACUGGAUAUUAUUUUUUAUUAUUAUAAUCUCAAAACUUUGAUGUUUUUUACAUUUUGCCUUAUAAAACUAAGAUACAUACAUGUUUUAACUAGCUCAUAAGUGUUAUUAGACAAUUAUUUUUAACAGACUCUUCAGUCAUAAAAAUAUUACUUUAUCUCCUAAGAGUUUAAAAUGAUAUGAAUACCUUAUGUGAAUAAUUAAUUAGGAAUGUAGAAUUUUAGAAAUGAUGUUUAACAUUUUAAACUAUGUACUAAGUGAUACUAUAAUAUAUUAUGAUGUAUCAAACAUUGCAUGACAUUGAACUUGUGCUUUCUUUUUUAUACAUAUAGUAGUUACUUCAUGUACAAUAACUAAUUAUAUGUACACAAUGGCAAUAUUUACUCAUUCCUCUAGGAGUUGUGCUUAGUAUAUAGGUUUUAGCUGGACCAAAACGUCAUUUAUAUUAUUCAAAGCAA